UACACAUGUCUUCCGGAAAAUCUCUUAUUAACGUAGAUGUAUUUAACGUGGAACAAGUUAAAAUUUCGAUAUUUUCUCACUAAUAACGCAUUCGAAAUGCACACACUCUACUGGAUGUGCUUUGUUCUUGUCUGUCGUCAGCUGCUCUAUGCCGAAGUUAAUAUAGAACCCUUCACUUUUCCAAAGAGAGUACUAGUUGGACAAAAAACAACUGCCACUUGCCUUGUAUCAUCUGUUAAAUCUACAUCCAUAACAUUUACUUGGUUAAGAAAUGGAAAAGAAAUUUUAAAAUCUCAAGAAAUUAGAGUUAAAAAUGGCAAUGACUUUUCUUUAAUUAUAAUAGACCCAGUUAAGGUAGAGAGUGGUGGCAAUUACACUUGUAGUGUAAGUGACGGUCACACAAAAACAUCAUUUACAUCGUAUCUGAAUAUUGAAGGUUAGUAGACUAUAAAAAAAAUUAAUGUUUAUAUUAUUACUAAUUAAAAAUACGCCU